AUGGACUCUUUGGAUAUAGCAAAUGCAGAUCUGCUGACUAGAGCCCAUACUUGCCUCAACAAUCCCAUCUAUUCAGUUCACCUCACACCUUGGAAACUGUACUUUGAUGGGUCAAAGAUGAACAUAGCCUCUGGAGCAGGGAUUGUUUUAGAAGAACCACUGGGGAUCAGACACUUGGAAUUGGGAAUCCAAUCUGUGGAAAUCCUGGGAGAUUCUAUGCUUGUGUUGAAACAGAUUGCUGGAGAAUAUAAAUGUCUGAGUCCUUCUUUAGCUGUCUAUUUAGUGGCAGCCAGAAACCUUUUGACAGAAUUCAGAGAAGCUACUUGGGAACAUAUCCCAAGAGAAGAAAACUUUGCAGCCAAUGAAUUGGCUCAGGUAGCAACAGGUAUACAAAUACCUGAAGACUGUGUGCAAAGGAUCAUCAAGGUAGGAAAUAAGAGUCUACCAUCUGUUCUGACCAGAGGAAUGGAGAUAGAUGUUAAUUCUGCCAUAAUUACUAAAGAUGAUUAG